UUGUGUCCUGCAUUUUGUCCAGAGAAGGAAUACUGUUUGAUAUGGCGAAAUUUGAAAUUCGAUUCUUUAUUGUCCUGUCCAUCUUAAUUCAAAUUGGUGAAGGGCAUUUGACCGGUGAUAAUAUUGAGGAUGAAUUCAUAAAAUUGAAAAGCAGGACAGACCAAUUGGAGGAGACCACAAAGAAACAGUCCGACCAACUGUCUACCUUACAAGAAACAGUUUCCAGACUUGAAAGGACGACUCAACGACAAUCCGGACUCAUCAGCAACCUCCAGAGGACGAAUCGGGAAUACAGAAAGGCAAUGGAAAAACAAACAUUUAAGCCCGGGGACAGAGAGAUAAAUGAAGACCAUGACAGUGGUGACUUAAGCCUAAGAAACUUGGCAAAUUGUGGCAGAAAAAUGAAUUCCAAUAAACAGCGUGAGAAUGUGCAUGUGAUCAGGCCAACUUCAAAGCGCAGUGUUAUGAAAUUUUCAGGUGGCAAUCUUAUUACACGCAAAGAACGCUUUCUCAUGCCCUUAUCCACAUCACCACCAACGACUCAGACCGUAGCAUUUUAUGCUUACAUGUCAUCACCAGUUUCCAACAUUGGAUCUCAUCAUGUCCUGGUAUUUGAUGUUGUUAAAACGAAUGUUGGAAAUGGUUUUCAUCAGAAUGCAGGCGUGUUCAUAGCUCCAAAAUCAGGGGUAUACGUGUUUUACUGGAAUAUUCGAGUUUCUCAUAAUCAUUACCAUUCUGUAGAACUCAUUGUCAACAAAGAACAAGUCGGUGUCUUUAUUGCACAAUCUGUAAGUGGACAGAACUUUCAAGGCGGAAAUCUUGCUGUGGUGUACGUAAACCAGGAAGAUGACGUGUUUGUUCGAACCAUCGCAAAUAGCCGUGUUGGAGAUAUAUACAAUGAUGACUUGGGACAUUCAUCCUUUUCCGGUUGGCUCUUGCUGUAA